GCUUUUUUGCUGCAAAAUUAUACCUUGAGCACCAUCUCUAUAAUAGAUGCUUUUCGUGGGUGCGUGCCUUUACUGCCAUGAUAUUCACACUCGGCAUUCAAACUACAUCAUUUGUCGAAAGUCAGAAUGCAUGCAUCAAGCGGGUGUUAGAGAAUAGCAACACGUCACUAUGCGAUUUAGGUAAAGUAUUAAUGGAACGUAGCAAAGAGGAACAAAAAAGAAAGCAAUUUGAGAAAUGGAAAAGAGGUGUUCCUUCUAUGACAAAUGCAACUACUAUUUUUUCUUCUAUUGAAUCUUUAGUUAAAUGUUACCUGAAACCAAAUGUUGCACACUUUUUGGCUAAACAAAUGAAGGAAAGUUUAUAUUACACUGCUAGCUAUGCUACAGUUGAAAAAAUCAAAUCACUUACCUCUUACGAAUCUUCACAAAGUGAAGAUAUAGAUGACAAGCCUGAUGCUAUUGUUUUUGAAACAGAAGAGAUUACUGAUGAUGAUUUUAUCGAUGAAAUGCUUUUUUAUGGGAAAGUUUGGGGUCUUGCACAUACUGCUGUAAACAAAUGCAUGUUACAUCAUGAUAAUGAGUUUAUUCU